GGUCCAUGGAUGGACUUGACAUUAAAUAUACACAGUAGACCGUUUAGUCCCCAUUACACCCCGUGUGUACACAACAUUGUCGCAUGCAUGAUCUUUUCACCCGACGUGGGCGCCUUCAGCUUUAUUCUUCGCAGAAGCUUGUUCGCCUCCAGCUCCAUGCCAUUUCAAAAGGAGUUCCGGCGCGAUUUGCAUUCCGUGCAUUGAAGACGCUUGCAAAACGCAGUAUAGCUUUGUUCCAUCUAAUCUUCCGCGUCCUGAGCGUACUCGGCCUCAUAUCAGUCCUCCAACAUACGCUCAAGAUGGAGGUUCUUCUUUCAAAGGUGACCCAGCAGGCUAUGAACUAUGCCAUCAGAACUGGCAUAACGAUAACGAGCGGGUUCGCCAUACAGCAAUGUGGUCGGCUGCUGAAGUCUGUCAAGAGCAGCAGCGAUAAGACAGAGCUGGUUAACCUUCAGAUGCGUCUGGAAAGCAAAAUCAGAAUUAUCUCUCCAUCCAUUGACAUGAUCGAGAUGAUGGCAGCUCGUGGCAACACGACUCUCGAAUCCGCAGUUACUUUGACGAAAGCUUUGCGUUGGGACAUUCAGACUCUCGGUGUCCGCCUAUCAAAAGCUGCUGCUGAUGAAGAAUUGGCACGGCAAGGUAGUUCUAGGGCGAAAUCUGCAGUACAAAGCCAAAUGGAGCUGAAAUCGAUCAUUGCGGAUAUCAAAAAUCUUCUUCAGCAUAUCGAAAGGUCAGUCCCUGACAUCAAUCUAGCAAUUGCAACCUCGGGAGUCAACUUCACAACGAGAAUGCCGGAUCAUAUCUCUCCUUCCAGGCUACUGCAAGCCAGUACCUUACUCACUUCAGGUGAUGCUCAGUACUCUGUCAAUCCCACCCGAGGCGCGCAGAUAUGUCCUGACUUCAUUGUCUCGAUGUGGAUGCUGUUUGCCGGACACGUGCCCCAGGAGCAACGUAGCAGAGAGUACACCUGGCAGGAGGUUUUACAUAAAGCCAGGUUGAAGAUACAACGCGUGCCUCUGGAUCAGGUGUAUGACUACCCAGGAGAACAGUGCUCACGCAAUGGUCGACGGCAUUCUGCCUCGUCCGCAACUGCGGGCAACAUGUCUGGCGACGGCAAAGCAUACGAAUAUGCUUAUCAACUCCUAAUAGUAGAAGACUAUGAUGACGGUCGUGUACACGACGACGAAGAACCCGCGGCUCCAUACGAGGGUGUCGAAAGGCCCGGUAUACGCGAGUUGAUUCCCGUACACGAGAUAUCCAAAAUAUUCUACGCUGACACAUCGAAAUUGCUCAAUAUUGGGACUGACAGCGAGACGAACAGUCCCGUCCUCCUACUUAAACGGGACAUCAACGCAAUUCCUCCGCGUCGAAUGAUGCAACGCCAGACACCUCCGGCAGACCAAUACGAAGAAUAUGCCACUUCAAGUCCCCCGCAAGACCUGCCAUCAACUCCACAAUACCCGGACGAGCAAUCAGAAAUCGAUGCCCAAUUGCACCGAGAAUCUCCCGCUCCCCAGACGCCUCAAAGUGAGACACUAUUAGGAGAAAGCCCAUCUGUUCAAUCGAAACGAAUACCUCCUAAUCUCGACCCGGAAUGGAUCGCCUUUGAAGUAUACACGGAAGACACGAUAGACUCAGAUUCCGACGGUGAUGCGGACGAAAGUGAAAUCCCGUCCUCACAGCCCGGGACUCCCGCGUCCCAGCACUCUUGGUCUCGUCGCUCAUCCGUCGAGCCGACUCUCAUGUCUGCUUUUUCUCGACUCAACUUCCGCAGUUCCCCGGCAUCAAAUCCGACGCCUCAAACGCCGUGCAAGGACUCUGUCGCCUCGCAAGUGAUCCUUUCACCUGACAAGCACACUUCCUACACUUCUCAAGAAUCAACCGUCAACCCCUUGCCUAUGCCCAUUAUUCGUACCUCGCUAUCGCUACUGGAGAUGCUCAUUCGCCUCACAUCAUUACAGCAAUUUCAGCAGACAUCUCAUCUUGCCAUUCCAGACGAGCUCCUCACCUUUUUCCUUUCCGAGUCGUCCACGGUCGGGGCUGGCGGCGAUACUGAUCUCCGGCAACGUGUUCGUCGUGAUGCCCGGCGUCGUGUUGGUUUCGAUCCAUACGAUGAGAGCCCCAUAAAGCGCCGUGGCGAGGCAUACCUCGCACAAGCACACGACGACAAGAAUUAUGACAAUCGACACUACGCCACCAGCGAAGACUACCCUGGUGAUGAUCGGUACUACGAUGGUGGCCGUGGUAUUCAUGAUGCAGACACGCGCUUCUCGCCGUCUCCGACGUCUUUGCCACGCGACAGCCCACGUUUACUUCAGAGUACUCCAUACCACGGACACUCGCCUUCCUCGCCCUCGCCUACCUACCACCAACAUUGGGGAUCGCAAUCGAGUCUGACCGCCGGCCGAAGAAGUGCUAUGGAUGGUCCGAUGUCUGGUCGUGAAUCUGGCAUGGCUACGCAGCAGCAUAAUCGUGCAGCACCCUCCCCAUUGCUUAGAAGAGCAACAGCCCCGAACGCGAAAGGAGGCAGCGGUACCGGCCAUAAAGGUGUGUCCUCAUUUGCAGUGGAUGCAUCAGCGCCGAGCAGCUCGCCAAGGGUGGAGCUGACGGAGGAAAGAAGACGAGAUAGCGGAUGGAGGGACCGCAGGCCGUCCACACCAGGAGAACGAGGAUGAAAAGGUCAGGAUGCUAAAGUUACACGAUCGUAUCUGUUCACCGGCGAACAUACACGACAUACGACAUCAGUUACUCGCUCACCUAGGGGUAGGGUUGCAGAUUUUGCGUUCCUAUUCAUCUUCAUCGCUUGAACUUAUAGAUUCCUGAUACCCCCUGCCUGACAGCAUCAUAGAUUUGCGAUAUGUUCCGAUCGCAAGCGUAGCACAAUUUCACGUUAUUGAAAGGGAUUGCAUGAUAAACAUCAUUCCGCGAUCGAAGUAAUAAACACUCCUGCGUGACUAAAUAGCCAUCAAUGCUAGUCCGACAAAUGGCUUGCUAUGAUGCAUCUAGCUAGAACCCUAAUUACCUUAC